AUGCAGGGCACUCCUCACCAAGUCGGCAAGGGCAAGGGAAAGCAGAGGGAGAAGGAAACCCCGACUUCGCUUCUGUCCAACUCGCGUCAGUUGCCAGCUCAAGACCCCUAUGUGCCAGCUACACAGUCCCUCAAGAAGUGGGUCCCCUCGUUCGGUGCUCAGAGCGACAACGACGAGAGCUGAUAUCCGUUUCUCGUCUCAUUCCAGAUAUGUGUACGCCCACCCGACCAUGUUGGACAAGAACCACCUGAGCAAAGGCGCAGGCAAGACCAACAAACGUCUCGGCCACCACCUGCAUCAUCUCUCGACUUCGGCGAAAGCAAGCUCCAUCAAAGCCCACGAACACGACGACCUCUUGCUCGACCGAUCGAUCCAAGGCUUGAUCGAGGUCGAGAACGAGUUGGAAAGGACGUGGAAGGUCACACAAGACGAGAUUGUCGAAGGGUCGGCCAUCGGAGCGCAGGGCAAGGCUUUCGCUUUGAAACUGGACGAGUUUGGGCCGUAUGCGCUCGACUAUACGCGCAAUGGGAGACAUCUCGCCAUCGCAGGGAGGAAGGGGCAUGUCGGCACCUUCGACUGGCAAUCAGGGAGGUUGCACACCGAACUGCAUCUCGGCGAAACCGUGCGAGCGAUCCGGUGGCUGCAUGACGAAAGUUUCUUCGCCGUUGCGCAGAAAAAGUAUGUCUACAUCUACGACAAAAGUGGGUUGGAGGUGCACCAGUUGCGGAACCAUAUUGAGGUCAACCAGAUGGAGUUUCUGCCGUACCAUUUCUUGCUUGCGACGAUUGUGAGUAUUGGUUCAGGGGCGAACACUGGUUUUCUUGGCUCACGUUUCUUUGUUUCGCUCUCUCCCGCAGGGCAAUCCGGGGUUUCUCAAAUACCAAGAUACAUCUACGGGUCAACUCGUCGUCGAACACCGGACAAAGCUGGGUGCAUGUCGAACGAUGGCGCAGAACGCCCAUAACGCUUUCAUUCACCUCGGGCAUCAGAAUGGUCAGUUACUCUCGCGCAGCGUCGCGGAAGGCUGUUGUCGCUCACCGUGGGCCCCAUCAUUAUCAGGCUCGGUCACAUUGUGGUCCCCUUCGGUUUCCCGCCCUCAAGUCCAACUACAAGCUCACCGUGGCCCUGUCUCGUCGAUCGCUCUCGACCCUUCGACCCUCGGCUACCGAAUGCUCACCUGCGGUGUCGACGGUUCAGUCAAGCUCUGGGACACGCGCAAAUGGGCCGUCCUGAACGAAUACCAAUUCAAGAAGACGCCGACGUCCGUCGAUUUCAGUCAAAGAGGUCUCCUGGGUCUCGGUUGGGGCAACCACAUCAGCGUGUUCAAGGAUCUGCAGAAACCGGAUCAGAACCCGAGGAUGCCGCCACCGCCGUAUUUGACGCAUACGUUCCCCGGCGUCGCCGUCAACGAGGUUCGCUUCUGUCCUUUCGAAGACGUCCUUGGCGUUGGUCAUGCGCAAGGGUUUACGUCCCUUUUGGUGCCUGGAGCAGGGGAGGCAAACUUUGAUUCGCUCGAAGCCGAUCCUUAUGAAGGCAAGCGACGUCGUCGUGAGCGCGAGGUCAACGCCUUGCUGGACAAGGUUCCCUUUGAUAUGAUCACGCUCGAUACGGAGAUGGUCGGCAAACUCGAUCGCGAUGUCAGGGACAAGGCCGAGAAGCUCAACAAGGAUAGACCUGGGUUCGUCGAUGAGACGUAUCGGAAAAAGUCGCGCGUCGAUCGGUUGAAGGACCGUGGACAGAUGGAGGAGGACGAAGAAGGGUUGGAAAGCGAGGAUGAUGAAGACGCUUUGGACGAGGAGAGGAGGGAAGAGAAGAAGCGCGUCAAAUUGGCCAAGGCGGAUGCCAAGAACCGUGGCAGGGGUCGCAACUCCACGCUCAAGAAGGCGUUGAGAAAACGCAAGCGCAACGUCAUCGAUCCCAUCACGGUCGCGUUGAAGGAGAAGCUGGAGAAGCAGCGCGCGGCCAACAAGCAGGCCAAGAAGAACGUCGCAGCCUCUCGAUUGGCUGCGUCCGGUUCGGCAGGGGCUUUGGACCGAUUCGCUUUCUAA